ACGGCUCCGGGCCAAUUCCGUUCGCGAGUGGCAACCAAUCCAGUCGGUCAGCCGUUCUCUCAGCCACCAGAAGUAGUGUUGUCGAAAAGGGGGUGUUCUUACAGUUUCCGCCCACCCCCAACACCAGCAGCACUUUGCCUUUGCCGUACCUAUACAUCUCGCUCUCAGCCGCCGGUAGAAAACUUUGGAGCAUCGUCGCAAUACGUAGCUAGCAGCAGAAAGUACCGUCGUCGUUUUCUUGGUGAGCAAACUGCCUGUCCGUGGUUGCAGUGUGAGUUGUGUGCUGUGCCGAGAAGGAAGUUCUGUGUUCCUUGUUCCGUGUUGAGAGAGAGCCUGUGUGUGGAUUUCACUUUGGAAAAAUGUUCCACCUUAAAACGAUCGCCAAGAGCGCCGCUCUGAAGCAGGAAGUGUCCACCCUGUUGAAGGCCGUGGCCACCGCCGGAGUUCAGCAGCCGCAACAGGUUCGUGGCUACGCCGAGCAUCAGAUUCCGGAGCGCCUCAAGGAUGUCGGAACGGCCGCCAAUCCGCGCUUCUUCGACAUGGUCGAGUACUUCUUCCACCGGGCCUGUCAGAUCUGCGAGGACCAGAUGUUGGCCGACAUCAAGGGCCGCGCCUCGGUCGAGGAGAAGCGCAAGAAGGUCAAGGGUAUCCUGAUGCUGAUGCAGCCCUGCGAUCACAUCAUCGAGAUCGCGUUCCCGCUGCGCAGAGAUUCCGGCGACUACGAAAUCAUCACCGGCUACCGAGCCCAGCAUUGCACCCACCGAACGCCCACCAAGGGAGGUAUCCGUUUCUCGUUGGACGUGUCACGCGAUGAGGUGAAAGCCCUGUCCGCGCUGAUGACCUUCAAGUGCGCCUGUGUGGAUGUUCCGUUCGGUGGUGCCAAGGCCGGUAUCAAGAUUGACCCCAAGCAGUAUUCGGAGCAUGAACUGGAGAAGAUCACCCGCCGCUUCGCGCUGGAACUGUCCAAGAAGGGCUUCAUCGGCCCGGGCAUUGACGUCCCGGCUCCAGAUAUGGGAACCGGCGAGCGUGAAAUGUCCUGGAUUGCGGAUACCUAUGCCAAGACUAUCGGCCAUCUGGACAUCAAUGCCCACGCUUGCGUCACCGGCAAACCGAUCAACCAGGGCGGUAUCCAUGGGCGUGUGUCGGCCACCGGACGCGGUGUGUUCCACGGGCUGGACAACUUCAUCCGUGAGGCUAACUUCAUGUCGAUGAUCGGAACGACCCCGGGCUGGGGCGGCAAGACCUUUAUCGUGCAAGGUUUCGGUAAUGUCGGUCUGCACUCGUGCCGUUACCUGUGCCGUGCCGGAGCCACCUGUAUCGGUGUCAUUGAGCACGACGGUUCCAUCUACAACCCCAAGGGUAUUGACCCCAAGGAACUGGAAGACUACCGCAUCGAGAAGGGAACCAUCGUCGGAUUCCCCGGUGCCCAGCCCUACGAGGGAGAGAACCUGAUGUACGAACCGUGCGACAUCUUCAUCCCGGCUGCCAUCGAGAAAGUCAUCACCAGUGAGAACGCCGGCAAGAUCCAGGCUAAGAUCAUCGCUGAGGCUGCCAACGGCCCAACGACCCCUGCCGCCGACAAGAUCCUGCUGGAGCGCAACAUUCUGGUCAUCCCGGAUCUGUACAUCAACGCCGGUGGUGUGACCGUGUCGUUCUUCGAGUGGCUCAAGAACCUGAACCACGUCUCGUACGGUCGUCUGACGUUCAAGUACGAGCGAGAGUCCAACUAUCAUCUGCUCGCCUCAAUCCAGGAAUCACUUGAGAGAUCCAUUUGUGAUGACCAAUCGGUGCAAGCCUCGCUGGAGAGACGUUUCGGCAACGUCGGUGGCAAAAUCCCGGUUACUCCGUCCGAAGCCUUCCAGAAGCGCAUUUCCGGUGCCUCGGAGAAGGACAUCGUCCACUCCGGUCUGGACUACACCAUGGAACGUUCGGCUCGCGCCAUCAUGAAGACCGCCAUGAAGUACAAUCUCGGCUUGGAUCUGCGCUCGGCGGCCUACGUUAACUCGAUCGAGAAGAUCUUCCAGACGUACCGCGAUGCCGGUUUGGCCUUCUAAUAAACGGACGAAAACGGACAGCAACAGGCGCCUAACUAAAAACCGCAUUGUGGCGCUAAGGCAAAAACAAAUUGAUCGAGAACAAAAAAAAAUCAGCAUAUUUCGGCGCCCUCGCUUGAUAUCGUAAGAACAAAAACAAAAACUUAAUUAAUCUACCAACUGCCACAAUCGGAUAUUUUAAAGAUACUUAAAAACAAACUUUUCAACUUAAGCCUAAACAAAAGUAUCAUGUCUCAAACUCAUGAUACGAAGAUAGUUAUGGUAGCAGAAACUACUUUUAAAAGUGCGAGCGACGUGUGUUACCAUCUUGAAUUUAAGCUGAUCGAUACAUUUUUUUUCGUUUCAAGUGUGUGCUCGUUAGUCAUUUCUGUUUUAUAGCAGUUUAAUGUGUGCUUUUAAAAUCAAUAGCUGUGUUACGACCGACGAAUUGCAUGUUUUGUAUUAAAUCGUAAACCAAUCAUCAACAUCAUAGGUGCUUGAAUGUCUACUUUGUUUUGGUUCCAAAUAGGAUAACAGCAACCGAGAAUAGAUAAUUUACUCAAACGAGAUGAACAACUUGAAAAAGACACACUACCCAGAUAGAGCCUUUUUUCUUUUAUACUAACAAGAAAACCGCGAUACACGGAGCCUAUCUGAAGAACUUACAUGCUCACGCAAGCACGCAACCAACUUAAAGUAAACGAAAGUUUUGCAACUAUAUUUGAAUGUGUAACUUUUUAUUGUUUGUAAAAUGUGAAUAAAAAAACCUGAAAACA